GCACGGCGAUCAGUUUGGUUUCAGACGUUGACGGUUUCGGUUCGUACAGAAAAAAUGUUCUUUUUGAUUCUGGUCGUGGCUGGCAGCCUGCUGCUGCACUGGCUCUACAGGCUCAACAAGGACUACUAUGUUAUGGCUUUCUUUGCGAAGAGGCUUUACACGAAAGAUGGAAGGUCUGCGGAGAGCAUUUCACCCGUAGCCCCGGGUAAAACUAUCUUUGGGAAUACUCUGGACUUGUAUGGCUGCGAUAAUGCCGCUGUGUUUAAUCACUCGCGAAAUCGUGCCAAGGAAAUGAAGGAAAGCUACGUUCAUUAUGCCAUGGGUAAGCCCAUAUAUAAUAUCAUAGAUGCGGAAAUUGCUGAGAAUGUUAUGAAUCAUCCGAACCUUAUAACCAAGGGUUUGGUCUACAACUUCCUACAGCCUUUCCUUAGGACUGGGCUUCUGACAUCCACAGGCAAGAAAUGGCAUGCCCGUAGGAAGAUGCUCACCCCUACGUUCCAUUUCAACAUACUAAAUCAGUUUCAGGAGAUUUUCAAAGCGGAGAGCCAGAAAUUUGUGCAGCAGUUUAAUGGCAAAGAUGAGGCUACUAUUGUCUUGAAUGAUGUCAUUCCCAGAUUUACGCUCAACAGUAUUUGUGAGACUGCCAUGGGUGUCAAUCUGGACGAAAUGGCAGAGAAGGGCGAUCGUUACCGGGAGAAUUUCAGCCAAAUUGAGGAGUGUUUCAUCAGAAGAAUAAGUAACCCUUUCUUCUGGGGAGACAGACUCUUCAAUUUGCUGGCAGCCAAGGAUUAUGUCGUUCCCUUGAAUGUUGUGCAUAGCUUCUCCAGCGAGAUCAUUGCCAAGCGGAGGGUCUUGCUGAAGGAUGAACUGGAGAGCCAACAAGCUACUCAUUCUAAUGAAGAUGAUGUAUUCACCUCCAAGAAGCGCUUUGCCAUGUUAGACACCUUGAUUUAUGCUGAAAAGGAUGGUCUGAUCGAUCACAUUGGCAUUUGCGAGGAGGUGGAUACGCUGAUGUUUGAAGGCUACGACACCACCUCGAUUGGCCUUAUUUUUGGUCUGAUGAACAUGGGUCUGUAUGCCGACAAGCAGGAGGAAUGCUACCAGGAGAUCCAGGAGCAUAUAGCAGAUGACUUGAGCAACUUGGACAUUGGUCAGCUGAACAAAUUAAAAUAUUUGGAUUACUUUAUGAAGGAAUCCAUUCGUCUGUUUCCUUCGGUUCCCAUCAUGGGUCGUGAAGCUGUCCAGGACACGGAGCUGUCCAAUGGUCUAGUCCUGCCCAAGGGUUCCCAGAUCACUUUCCAUGUCUUUGACAUCCAUCGCAAUCCCAAGUACUGGGAUAAUCCCAACGAAUUCCGGCCAGAGAGAUUCCUGCCAGAGAACUGCCAGAAACGUCACACCUACGCUUAUGUACCAUUUAGUGCUGGUCAAAGGAAUUGCAUUGGCCAAAAGUAUGCCAUGCAGGAAAUGAAGACCCUGCUGGUGGUCAUCCUCAAGCAGUUCAAGGUCCUGCCAGUCACGGAUCCCAAGAGCCUUGUCUUCACAUCGGGCAUUACCCUGCGCACUCAGAACAAAAUUCAAGUGAAGCUCGUGAGAAGGAAUGUAUACGUAAUUGCUUCGACGGUUUCGGUUCGUACAACAAUAAUGCUCUUUUUGAUUCUAAUCGUGGCUGGGAGCCUGCUGCUGCACUGGCUCUACAGGCUCAACAAGGACUAUUAUGUAAUGUCUUUCUUUGCCAAGAGGCUUUACACGAAAGAUGGAAGGUCUGCGGAGAGCAUUUCACCCGUAGCCCCGGGUAAAACUAUCUUUGGCAAUACCCUGGACUUGUAUGGCAGCGAUCAUGCUGGUAUUUUUAAUCACUCGCGAAUUCGUGCCAGGGAAAUGAAGGAAAGCUACGUUGAAUAUGGCAUGGGUACCCCUAUAUAUAAUAUUAUAGAUGCGGAAAUUGCAGAGAAUAUUAUGAAUCAUCCGAACCUUAUAACCAAGGGUUUGGUCUACAACUUUUUGCAUCCCUUCCUAAGGACUGGCCUGCUGACUUCAACAGGCAAAAAGUGGCAUGCUCGUAGGAAGAUGCUUACUCCCACGUUCCACUUUAAUAUAUUAAAUCAGUUCCAGGAGAUCUUCAAAACGGAGAGCCAGAAAUUUGUGCAGCAGUUUAAAGGCAAAGAUGAGGCUACUAUUGUCUUGAAUGAUGUCAUUCCCAGAUUUACUCUCAACAGUAUUUGUGAGACUGCCAUGGGUGUCAAUCUGGACGAAAUGGCAGAGAAGGGCGAUCGUUACCGGGAGAAUUUCAGCCAAAUUGAGGAGUGCUUUAUCAGGAGAUUGAGCAACCCCUUCUUCUGGGGAGACAAACUCUUCAAUUUAUUGGCUGCCAAGGAUUAUGUUGCUCCCUUGGAUGUGGUUCAUGGCUUCUCCAGCGAGAUCAUUGCCAAGCGAAGGAUCUUACUGAAAGAUGAACUGGAGAGCCAACAAUCUACUCAUUCUAAUGAAGAUGAUGUAUUCACCACCAAGAAGCGCUUUGCCAUGCUGGACACCUUGAUUUAUGCUGAGAAGGAUGGCCUAAUCGAUCACAUAGGCAUUUGCGAGGAGGUGGACACCCUCAUGUUUGAGGGCUACGAUACCACCUCGAUUGGCCUUAUUUUUGGUCUGAUGAAUAUGGGUCUGUAUGCCGACAAGCAGGAGGAAUGCUACCAGGAGAUACAGGAGCAUAUAUCAGAUGACUUGAGCAACUUGGACAUUGGUCAGCUUAACAAAUUAAAAUACUUGGAUUACUUUAUGAAGGAAUCCAUUCGUCUGUUUCCUUCGGUUCCCAUCAUGGGUCGUGAAGCUGUCCAGGACACGGAACUGUCCAAUGGCCUGGUCUUGCCCAAGGGCUCUCAGAUCACUAUCCAUGUCUUUGACAUCAAUCGCAAUCCCAAGUACUGGGAUAACCCCAACGAAUUCCGGCCAGAGAGAUUCCUGCCCGAGAAUUGUCAGAAACGUCACACCUACGCAUAUGUCCCAUUCAGUGCUGGUCAAAGGAAUUGCAUUGGCCAAAAGUUUGCCAUGCAGGAGAUAAAGACCCUGCUGGUGGUCGUUCUCAAAGAGUUCAAGGUCCUGCCAGUCACGGAUCCCAAGAGCAUUGUCUUCACAACGGGCAUUACCUUGCGUACUCAGAACAAAAUUCAAGUGAAGCUCGUGAGAAGGAAGUGAGUCGAAGUCGGUCUUUACUCUUAAAAUACUCUGUUAAUCCUGUAAAUACGAAUUAUAAUGUUAUCCAAAAACUA